GGAGGCAGUCGUUGUGCUUUCCUUGGGCGGACAUAACAUUGGCGACGACGGAUGGGAUCACAAUGCCGAGGUUUCAUGAGUUCAGGCCCCAGGAAGAAUCCUUUGAGGAAUAUCUGGAACGAUUCCAGAUUUAUGCCAGUGUUAACGAUGUCAAAGCGGAAAACAAAGCGGCGACGUUUUUAAAUUAUCUUGGCACGACUGCCUACAAGACCCUGAAGAAUUUGCUGGUGCCGGACCUUCCCGCAACUAGGACGUUCGACCAGUUGACGGCAGCUCUUAAGAAACACUACUUGCCGUCGAGGUCUCUCAUCGCUGAACGCACCCGGUUCCACAGGAGGUACCAACAGGAGGGAGAAAGCUUGGCCGACUUCGCAGUUGCCCUGAAGAGAUUAGCCCACAUCUGCGAAUUCGGGUCGUUUCUCGACGAAUCUCUACGCGACAGGUUCGUGGCCGGAUGCCGUCUACACGAUAUUCAGCAAUCUCUCCUGGAGCUGGACGGAACGACCAAAUUUGAGGACGUCUACAGAGUGGCCCUAGCCAAGGAACUGGCAGGGCAGCAAUCGAAAGUGCUUCAACAUUCGUCGGCGUCUACGACAGAGGACGUGCACCGUCUACGCAGCUCACGACAGGACUUUGCGCCGCGAAAACAAACGUGAUCCCCGCAACAGCCUACUGCAUGGAAUCAGCUAGCGAAAAUUCGAGGACAUCCCUCCUGUACUUCAGGCGCUGCACCUGACCGCCAGACACAGACUCACCCUAAAAACCGCAUCGUGAUGUCAUGAUGACAACAUUUGAACCUCAUCGGAAAUCAACAUGUCGUCUUCACUUGGAAGAAAGUGGAGCCUUCGCUAAAAAACAUACACAGUACCUCAAUAGGUAGCCCUCUGAGGAAUCUCAGGCGGCUGGUGUUUCGUGGUCUAUUUUUGAACCGUGAUGUGGGCAAGCUAACGCCUGUCCCAUCCUACAGUUGGCGAUACAAGGUAGCUCUCCUGCUUGAUGACAAUGCACACAAUACAAUACAAUAGAAUAUACACGCUGUAAUACAAACAGCUCCAUUAGGAGCGUUGUCAUCCUGACAUUCAGAAUAGCGCGCUUUCAGUAUUCCUCUUUGUGCAAAGGAGUCUACCACCAUAGGUAGCUCUCCUGCUUGAUGACAAUACACCGCUGAAAUGUCAACACUCUUGUUAAUUUUGCCGUAUACGGUAAUUUUUUUUACACCCAUAACUAGUAGUCAAAACUAGCACCCUUCUGAGUGUAACAUGUACUCACGUAAAGUCGCCGACAAUAGAAUACACCCUCACAGAAGGACGUGUCCGCUUUGUGGGCUGAUCCCCUUUUGCGGGACACUUAAGCAAACAAACAAGCACAAUUUUUGACACCCUUUCGAGUGCUCUUUGGGUGUGUUACAAGUAGCACCCUUCUGAGUGUAUUACUGAGUGUAACAGUUGCACCCUCAAUGUUGGGUGUACACACUAAACUUUUUACACCAGUUUAAGUGUAAAUCGGAUUCGUCAUACCUAACACCCUUAGUGUAAGAGGGGUGUAUUUUGCAAUAUACACCUAUAGAUCAUGCUCAUAUUACACCCCUUCGAAGCUGAUCCUCUCAUAGAUGGGUGGGAAUUCGGUGUUUACAUCUACAUUGGGGGGAAGGGUGUGCUAAGGGUGUAAUAAGGGUGCAAUGGUUUAAGGGUGUUUUGCCUUAUUGUAAAAUGUUUAACAUUGUCAUAGAAUAUGAAUCGCGGGUAUACUGAGCCUUAAUUUUCCCUCAUACCAAAACAAGUAAGAAACAGAAACGUUAUCUCGAUGGUGAGUUCAUGCACCAAGCAAUUCGUCAAUUCAUUUUUUUCUUUUUCUUUUUUUUGAUAAUCAAAUUGAACUUAGACAUCUCACCUUUGGUUUUGACUGGAAUGCGAGCAAGGCUAUAUCGAAUUUGCAGACGCUCGCAACACAGGCAAUGUAUAUAGUAUCUGUUUUGCUCUUAGAAAGGAAAUGCCAUUCUAAGUGAGCUUUUGGUUCGUCAUCCCAUUUAUGUGGUGUUUCAAUUUUUUUCUCUAAAUUCAAGCGCUUAUAUCCUUAUCCGUAUAUCAGACCGCAUAUUGGUCCAGUAUGCCACCAGUUCAUAGUUGCUAUAUUGGCAGAACACAAUGCAUUGCAUGUUCAUGUUAUGCAUUUACUUUGGCUGAUAUGCAUGAUACACUCACUAUGGAACCAAAGCUGCACACGUUACACCACACCAAAAAUUGAAUCAAUUUCAGAUAUAGGGUAUCGUCCAAUUACCAGUGUAGACCAACAAGCCGCACACCCGCUAAGUAGAUGUUAUGUCCUUCUCACGACACUUCUCAUCAUCUAAUCCAUAUUCACAUUUCACUCCACGCCCGUCUGUAGACCAACUGUUGGAAUAGAUGAAAUAGAUUCCUCUCAAAAUAAAGCUGUUAUUUUUACGUCCUUUCAGAAGUGCGUGUGUGUUGUGAAAUACACACUGAGAGGUAGGUGUAUUUCAUUAUACUUACAAGGGUUUACACUCAUAAGGGUGUGAGUUACGGUGCACCCACCUUA